ACCCGUCCAUUUUCGUCCAGACAAUAUAUCCACUCCCCAAUUUUCUCUCCUCCCUCUCUCCCCAUUGCCCUUUAAAAGAAAAGACCAAUAAAAUUUUUAGAGAGAGAGAGAGAAUAAUUUUAGAGAGAUAAACAAAAAGAAAUGGACGGUAGCAGCAGCGGAGGCGGAAACGGUUACAGAGUAGAAGCAGAGCGGUGGUUAACUAUAUCAGAGAAACUCUUAGCAGCACGUGACUUGCACGGGGCUAAGAGCUUCGCGAUCCGAGCCAGAGAAUCCGACCCGAGACUCUACGAAUUCUCCGAUCAAAUCAUCGCCGUUGCCGACACUCUCCUCGCCGGAGAGUUACGCGUCGAGAACAAUCACCACUAUGAUUACUAUAUGAUUCUCCAACUCGGUCGCUUGACCCAGGAUCUCGAACUCAUUACGGAUCAGUAUCGGAAGCUCGCCUUGUUGCUCAACCCGACGAGGAACCGGCUGCUCUUCGCUGAUCAGGCGUUCAAGCUUGUGUCGGAGGCCUGGCUCGUGCUUUCGAAUCCUGCUAAGAAGGCAAUGUAUGAUCAUGAGUUACAACUGAGUCAGCUCGGUCUUCUCGUGACUCAGCAACCGCCACCUCCACCAUUUCAACAGCAACCGCCGUCUAAUCCUGAGCCGAUUCGGCCUGUUCCGCAGUUCAGUAUGCCAUGGAUGCCUGAGUCGUCAAUUAGGUUCCCCUCUCAGACCAAACCCGCCGAGUCACCUCGUUCACAGACUCAGCAGAGAAAUCCCGAGCCAACUUGGCGACAGCCUCAGCAGAAACCAAUCGAACCGCCUAAGCAGCCUACCCCGCUGAAGGCCGCCACUGAGCUAAAUAAGCAGCCAACUCCGUCUAAGGCUCCCAAUGAGCCAACUCGGCAGCCUACCCCGCUGAAGGCCGCCACUGAGCUAAAUAAGCUGUCAACCCCGUCUAAGGCUCCCAGUGAGCCUCCGCCGCUGAAGUCUUCCACUGAGCCAAAUAAGCAGUCAACUCUGUCUAAGAUUCCCACUGAGCCAACUCGGCCAGAGGUUGUGAUUGGGUUAUCUCGAUCAGCGCCAAAACCGAGUGCCACUGAUUCGAGGCAAGCGAUGAAGCACACAACCACCUUCACCGCUGCUGCUGCAACUGGGACAAAGCAUGCGAAUGCGAGUGAGCCAGAGUUAUCGAGUUUUUGGACUGCGUGUCCUUAUUGUUAUAUACUUUACGAGUAUCCUAAAGCUUAUGAGGAGUGUAUUCUAAGGUGUCAAAGUUGUAGAAGGGCAUUUCAUGCUGUCAUGGUACCAGCACCACCGGUGACUGGUAAAGAUACAUACUUUUGCUGCUGGGGAUUUUUUCCGUUGGGGUUUUCAGGUAAUAAUGAGAAAGUAGGUAAUGAGUUUGGUAGUAAUUGGUCUCCGUUUUCUGCAAUGUUUUCCACUCCUUUCCCAGCUGGUGGUGCUGUUGGUAGUGGUGGUCAAAUGUAUAAUAAACUGAAGCAAAAGGUGAUUUAUAAAGAUGAUGUGUAUAUAGAUAUCUCUGACACAAGUGAAGAUGAGUCUGAUUCCGGUGAUGAGUGGGGUGUAAAAAAGAGAAAGAAAGCAAAAAAUGCAAAGGGGAAAGGAACUCCGAAUAAACAUGCGAAAAAAUCACAAAAUGAAAGAUUGAAGAAGGGGGUAGGAGCAGGGGCUGGAACAGAAAAUAUUCAAAAUGAGGAUGGUGAUGGUGGGGGUAGUGUGCCAGAGGAGGUGGUGGAAAAGGGGGAAGGGAGUUGUGGCAAAAGGAAGGCAGCAAAAGAUUUGGGAAAGUUGGAUUUGAAUGUGAUGUUUAGUAAUGAGGUGGAUGAGGCUGCACCUGGACCAAGUCAAAGGAAUGGGCCUGGGCAUGGGGAGGAGGAUAAUAUUGAAGGGAUUGGGUUUUUUGAGGGUCUUGAUGAGUUUUUAAGUACCUUGCCCAUACUUUCGGUUGUAGGGGAUGAUAAGGUGAAGGCUACUUAGCGAUGAGCUUGAUCUUCAUUCUGAAAGGCAUGUAGGUUGACCAGCUCCUCAGCAGUGUAUGAUGCUCAAGGAAAAUAUUUUGUGAGAUGAUGGAAAUGAGUUACCUAUAAGUGAUGUAGCCCCCUGCAGCCCUUUUUCGUGAGAUGUGGCCGUGGACUCAUUUGGGCUAUCCAGGUAUCAUCUGCUGCUCUCACUCCCAGACAUGAGGUUUCCCUGUGAAGACAGUGAACGUGCAAUUCUUAAACGCACGCCCGAAUAAGCUUUAUUGUCCAUUGAUGACAGUUAACUUCUCCAAAAUAUAGUUUCUGUGCCAUUAAUCCACCUUUUAGUUUCCCUAAGAUGCAUCUUCUUCCUCUGCCGAGUAUCAUUCAGUCUUAUCCUUCCCUUGUUGUGAUUGCUCAAACAUCCUUACCCUCAUUUUGUUUAGUGCUACUCAUCAAGCAGCUGGGUUUACGUUUUGCCACUGACAGAACUUAAUAUAUACAUGCUCUCUGUGUAUGCUGCUACAUCAUUGCAUGGUAGACCAUAGCGUUCAUUUUCAAGGUUUUGCAUGCCUGCACAUGAUCUGAUCAAUAUAUUAGCAGACCAUGCAGAGUAGUGACAAUGGCUCCUCCCAUCCCCUGACUUCUCGUGUGUGAGGAACGAUGCAGCCUGUGAUUGGUAAGAUUCCCUCCCCACCUUGGUACAAGGUAACAGCAACAAUUUUCUUAUGUCCAGUUGCAAGCUUUCAAGAUUGAUCCCGUGUGUUUCUGUCGUCCUCGUAGUCCUGUGCAUGAAGGACUGGUCUGUUUUAAAGCUUUUUAUUAUUUAUCGGUGGCGCAAGCACACGCUGACAAUCACGGUUGCCUGCAUGUUUUGGCAUCCAAGCAUGGUUAUUAUCGUUUAAUGGCUUGUCAACAUGAAAUGUCUUUCUGCGUGAUUAGCAGCUAGAGACGAAGGCUGCUACUGUAUAUAAAAGUAGACUGGAGGAAGUCGUUAAAUUAAGAAACAGGAGUUGCAUUCCGUGAAGUCAUUGAUUUCUAGAGGUUAGUUAGCACUGUUCUCCUUGUCUGCUUCUCUUCAUGCUUUUGCUCAGAGCAUGCAAUAAAGAAGAAGUGCGUGGAAGCAUUACCAGUGUAGCAUGUUUCUUAAAAUUGGUUUUUUUUUUUAUUUUUUUUUUAACUUUAGCAUAUCAAAAUUAAAAGUUUAAAAUUAACUUGUAUGAUCCUACGGGUCUACAAUUUAAUUAAAUAUUGAGAUGAGUCAACCCACCCAAAAGAGUCUAAAUCCUAUGACUAUGCAUAGGUAGCAUAUCUUCUUCCACGUAUGACUAGCAUCUUCAUCUUUCUCUUUACUCUUUAAAAUAUUUUUUAUUUAAAAAUAUAUUAAAAUAAAAAAAAUAUUUUUAAAAAAUAUUUUUGAUAUUUUCUUAUUAAAAUGAUUUAAAAAUAUCAAAAAAUAUUAAUUUAAAAUAAAAAAAGUAAUUUGUUUUAAAUGAUUUUAAGACACAAAAAUAUUUUAGGAAUGUGGUUGGAAUAUUAAUGGGAUGGUAUUAUAAAAUUAAAUUUUUAAAAAAUAAAAAAUAUUAUUUUAAUAAAUUUUUAUGAAAAAAGAAAAAGAAAAAGAAAACGAAGGUCGGACAAAUGGAAGGCGGCUUACCAAGGCUGAACCGUGUUUCAUGUGUUGUGUGGGCAAGGUAGAAUUAUUGAAGGGUCCUAUGUACUAGGUGGUGCGCAGGUUUGACAUAAACACACAGCAAUGUUUUAAAUGGAGUUAGGAUGGUCCCCACCCCACUUCACUUCAAUUCUUUAAUAUUUCUUCGGUGUGUGGUCUCUUGUCAGUACGAUAAAUCACUUUCCAACAGGAGUAAUUUCUGUGA